GCUUCCCCCUCGCGCGCCGCGAUGCUUCUUCUCCUCGGCGGGUCGGCGGCAGAGCAUAUUCUUCCACUGCGCUUGCGCCCUCCCCGCGCUCCCCACCUUGCCAUUCGCCGCGCCUGACCCCGCUCCCCCGUCUCCUGCUGCGACCUCACCGCCGGUCAGUCUCAGCCCGCAUGGACCCCACCGACCAGUCGCCGGAGGAGGUGUACUCCGUGUGGGCUCUCCCGCCGGCGCCCGUCCGCGACCGCCUCCGCCGCAUCAUGGAGGGCCUCCGCGCCGCGCACGGUGGCCCCGCCUUCGAGCCGCACGCAACCGUCGUCGGAGACUUCCGCAGCCGCCGAUCGGCAGCCAUCGAGGUGCUCCGCACCGCCGCCGCCGGCGUCCAGCCCUACACCGCCCGGGUCACGGGGGUCGCCCGCGGCAGCUUCUUCUACCAGUGCGUCUACCUUCUCCUCGAGCCCACCCCCAAGGUGGUGGCAGCGAGCGAUCACUGCUGUGGCCACUUCGGUUACAAGAGAAAGACUCCAUACAUGCCGCACGUCAGCCUCUUAUAUGGAGACCUGACAGAUGAGGAGAAGGAGGAGGCAAGGAAGAAGGUAGAGGAGCUGGACAAGGAUAUAUGUGGAUUGGAGUUCGAGAUUUCUGAGCUUGCACUCUAUAGAACGGAUACCACGGAUAAAAGCUUGGAGUCAUGGGAGUUGGUGGAGGUGUGCCAUCUCGAAAAGAAGUGAUUAGUUUCCUCUCCAUGGUGAUUCUGCUGUAAGUCAAGUUUGCGAAUAAGUAAUGCUUCGCCUUUGCUGUUUACUUUCUAAGCACCUGGUUCAUAUCACCGGCACCACUUUCAAUUGGAAUAAGUGUACUUCUGAUUGAAGUUUGGAAUAAUGUAAAUCUGUUAUGUUUGCAUCUUUGGUUUUCCUUG